AGGGAGCCGCGGGAGUUCUGCUCGGGCUGAGCAGCAUGGAGGAGCUGGACGUGGAACCGCCGCUCACUCUGAUUCCAGAACUGAACUCUGAGCAGAAGCAGUUACGUUUUGAGUGGGGACCUGUGGAGAUGCUGGUGUGUGAAACAUUGUAUGGAACAACAGAGCAGAAAGAGAAAAGGCCAGGCUGCCCUUUCGUUUAUGUUGUUCGCAAAGAUCAAGAUGUAUACUCCCACACGUUGCGGAAACUUUUCAAUGAAUCGCACGGGAUCUUUGUUGGGCUGCAGAAGGAUGAGAAAGAAAAGGUUGGAAAGUCAAGGACAACACAAUUGGUUCGAGUCAGCAAGAGCUACCGUUCAGUCAUAAGAGCCUGUAUGGAAGAUUCACACCAGAUGGCUGUUUCGGCGCGCGACCCAGUAAUGAGAACGCAGCACAGUACCCAGGUCUCCAUUCUGUCUGCUAUGGAGUUGAUCUGGAAUCUCUGUGAGAUCAUGUUUAUUGAAGCAGCACCAGCUGGUCCCCUCCUCCUUCACCUUCUUGACUGGGUUCGUCUUCAUGUGUGUGAUGUAGACAACAUGGUCUGUGAAGUUUUGAAGAGUGAAAGUCCAGCAAAACAUGAAAACUUUUGGAAUGCAAUAACUAUCUUUGUGCUUCAAGGACGAAUGGACGAGGCUCGGCAACUGCUCUCUAAGGAAGCCAGUGCCAGUCCUGCUUCAGUGAGCAUGUGCAAAAUUAUGGAUGAGCUGAUGAAGAAGAUGCCUAUCCUCAGUCUUGGUAAUACACAAACUCUGACAGAGAUGGAACUGAAAUGGCAGCACUGGCAUGACGAAUGUCAGCGCUUCUUGCAAGAUGGGACGUUUGCUGCCAACCCUCACAUGGAAACCAUCUGCAAGAUCCUAUUGGGAGAUGAAAACACCAUUCUAGAGAAGAAAGAUCUCAUGACUACAUGGUACCAUUUUCUGGUAACCCGGUUGUUGUAUUGUCAUCCGACUGUGAAGCCUAUGGAACUCCAUCUCUAUGCACAGUCAAGCCUGGACCAAUUUCUUGGGAGUGAGAGUAGUCCUGAGCCCUUGGACAUUAUCUUGCUGGCAGCCUUUGAAUUUGACAUCCAUCAAGUGAUUAAGGAAUGCAGUAUUGCUCUGAGCAACUGGUGGUUUGUGGCUCAUCUGACAGACCUGCUGGAUCAUUGCAAUCUCCUCCAGUCUCACAACCUAUAUUUUGGCUCCAAUAUGCGUGAAUAUCUCCUGUUGGAGUAUGCUUCUGGACUCUUCUGCCAUCAUAGCUUGUGGCAGCUUGCAGUAGACUAUUUUGACUACUGUCCUGAGUAUGGUAGAGCAUACUUGGAGCUUCACAUUGAACGGAUUCCUCUGGACACAGAACAUAAAGCCCUCAAAGUACUGAGAAUAUGUGAACAGAGAAUGAUGAAUGAUCAAGUUCGUAGCGUUUGCAAAAUCAUGGCCAUGAAAGCUGUCCGGAACAACCGCCUAGGCUCUGCGCUGUCAUGGAGUAUUCGAGCAAAGGAUGCUGCUUUUGCUACCCUCAUAUCAGACAGAUUCCUGAAGGAUUAUUGCGAGAGGGGCACUUUCUCAGACUUGGACCUCAUUGACAACUUGGGCUCAGCCAUGCUGCUUAGUGACCGGCUGACGUUUCUUGGGAAGUAUCGGGAGUUUCAUCGGAUGUAUGGAGAAAAACAGUUUUUCCCAGCAGCCAAGCUACUGUUGACGUUGAUGACGGCUCGCAUUGCUCCUUCCUCCUUCUGGAUGACCCUGUUGACUGACGCACUUCCACUCCUGGAGCAGAAAGAGGUGAUAUUCUCUGCUGAUCAGACGUACGAAUUAAUGCGAUGCUUGGAAGAUGUGAUGGCUACAAAAUCAAAAAACCAGACAGUCCAGGAUGAUGACACUGAGACAUUCAAGGUGGAAAUGCUGAGGCUCGCUCUGGCACGAAAUCUUGCACGAGCCAUUGUAAAAGAAGGCACGUUGGAAGAAUAGCUUUAUGGAGCAACUUGCAAACUUCGCUCCACUGGCUGACUGUACAUAUGACUGUUUUUCUAGGAA